GAUGAGCGUACUGCUCCCCAAUAUGGCAGACUUCGACACUAUCUAUGAGCUGGAGGAGGAGGAGGAGGAGUCCGAGCCGGUGGUGAGGAGCCAGGAGCUGCCCCGGCCCCGAGACGCGCCAGACCCCGUGGCGGUGCGGGGCGCCGGGCACAUCACCGUGUUUGGCUUGAGCAACAAGUUUGACACAGAAUUUCCCUCUGUCCUGACAGGAAAGGUUGCUCCAGAAGAAUUUAAGACGAGUAUCAGCCGUGUGAAUGCGUGUUUAAAGAAGAAUCUCCCUGUCAACGUAAAAUGGCUGCUUUGUGGCUGUCUGUGUUGCUGCUGCACCCUGGGUUGCAGCCUGUGGCCUGUUAUCUGUCUUAAUAAAAGAACUAGAAGAUCAAUUCAGAAGUUGCUAGAAUGGGAAAAUAACAGACUAUAUCAUAAGCUUGGUUUGCACUGGAAGCUGAGUAAAAGGAAAUGUGAAACUAGCAAUAUGAUGGAAUAUGUAAUACUAAUAGAAUUCUUACCAAAAUAUCCCAUAUUUCGACCUGACUGAGGAGCAGUAUUCAGUCUUUCAUGUUACCUGCCAUUUCCUACUCUUAGUGCCUUGUAGCUGAUUUUGAAAAGAAGAUGGUCUACUUUGCAGUGACUUAAAAAUGUUAUUUGGUAGAAUAUCUUCCUUGCUAUGUUAUUUUCUUUUGUUUAAGAAGAAAACAAUUUGCACAAUUUUUAUGUUAAAUGAGGCUUCUAUGUUGCACUCUGAAUUUUUAACAUUAACAAUAACAGAUAUAGUUGCCACUAAGGAUCUAACAUCAGUGCUGCUUAAAACUUGUUCUGAGCAUGCUGCCUUAUUAAUUUCCAUACUCACUGUUUCCCACAUGUACAUCCUAACUCUGUAUUAUAUUGUAUUUCAUUCUAAAAUCACAUUUCUAUAAAUCCUCAAUAGAAACAUCCAAGUAAGCUUCCAGUAGUUAGCAAUGAGUUUACUAUAACUUGCUUGCAUAGGACUUGCAAUUAACAGCACUGGUUUUGUCCCGCACUUUGCAAAAUCAUCACUUACAUUAGAGGGUUAAUUAUUUUACCCACUGUGGAUUUGUAAAUAGUGCCUCGUUGCAUAAUGUAAAGUGUGGUAUGUCAAGGUUUACAGAAUGUAAUAUAGCUCUGAUUGUAUUGCCAACAGUUCUACGUAGAUUUAUUAAUGACAUUUAUUAGCACCCUGAUUGUAUGGACCCAUUCAUAUGCCAUAUUUAUGGUAAAGCCAUAAUGAGUUUGUACAUACUAUCAGAUGUAGGGCUCAGAUGCACUUUGUUAGUAAAUGGAUGAAAAAUGCACAGCAUUUCUGUGUUUCUUCAGAGAGUUUUCAGGUGUCUUGGUUAGUACCUGAAAUAAGGAAUCUUAAGUAUUCUCAACUUUUGGAAAAAUUGUAUUUGUGGAGUAGACUUCAACUAAUAUAUAAUCAGACUAUCCUAAAAGCCUAUUUUUAAGACACAAAUAUAUGGAAGUCAG